AUGUUUAACUACUUUGCAAUAACUGCAACAGGACGAAAUGCUCGGUUCAAUCAAUUUAAGAACCGAGCAAGCUUCGUUAAGAAGAAUGUAAAGCAGGUCGAUAAGCAGGAGGAAUGGGGGAGCAAGUCAGAGUAUAUUCUUUCACUGAUUGGGUUUGCAGUUGGUAUUGGUAACAUAUGGAGAUUUCCUUACCUAUGUCAGAAACACGGCGGAGGUGCGUUCCUGUUCGCGUACGUGGUGAUGGUGAUUAUUGAGGGUCUGCCACUCUUUUGUCUAGAACUUCACAUCGGUAAUCACUUUAAGAAGAGUGUUAGUGGUAGUAUGAGGCACAUCAAGAAGGGGUUGGUUGGAGUGGGCUGGUGUACUAUCACAGUGUGUUUCCUGUGUGCUGUUUACUACAACUCUAUUAUCAUGUGGAUUAUAAGAUACUUGUUCGAGUCCUUCGUGAAUCCCUUACCUUGGUCAGAGUGCAAGACGGAUCAUAUCUGCUGUCUGGAAGACAAGACUCAAUACUACUGGUAUUACGAACAUUUGCGGCUGUCUCCUGAUAUCCGUGAACUGGGUUCCUUCAACCCAACUUUAGUGGUCUGUUUGAUCAUCUCCUGGGUCACCAUCUUCAUCUGUAUUUCUAGAGGAAUCAAGAGCUCUGGAAAGAUGAUAAAGGGAAUCGGAAAUGAAGGGGAACUUAAAGAUGAACGGUUAAAACGGCUACGUAGGUUUGUGGUAUAUUUCUCAGCAACGGCCCCGUAUGUGGUACUGAUAAUCCUUCUGUUCCGCGGGGCUACCCUGGAUGGAGCAAAGGAUGGUAUCAUGUACUUCCUCAAGCCGGAUGCAAAAAAGCUGUUAGACCUAAGUCUAUGGUCGGAUGCAGCCUCGCAGAUAUUCUACUCUCUUGGUAUUGGGUUUGGUGCUAUCGUGUCAUUCGCCUCCUUUACCAAAAACUGCGACAACGUCAUCAGAGACAGCAUCAUCAUCACGGUGGUAAACUGCUCUACAUCAAUAUUGGGAGGGUUUGUCAUCUUCAGCAUUGUAGGCUACCGAAAACACAUGACAGGUGCAGACUUUGAUCAGCUUGGCUCAGGGCCAGGUUUGGCAUUUGUAGCGAUAGCUGAAGCAGUGGCCAACAUGCACAUCUCGCCUUUGUGGGCCGUCUUGUUUUACAGUAUGUUGCUGCUACUUGGAUUGGACAGUUUGUUCGGCUUGAUGGAGAGUAUGUUGCAUCAACUCAGAGAAGAAAUCCCCGUUUUGAAGAGGAUUAAGAAACACGGUGUCAACGCAUGUGUGUGUUUCCUAAUGUUCCUCCUGGCCCUGCCUACAGCUACUAACGGUGGACAGUACAUUGUUAACCUGAUGGACACCUGGGCGGUCUCCAUCCCCCUGUUGUUCGUUGCUUUGGGAGAGAUAGUCUCCAUUGUAUGGUUCUACGGUAUACACAGGUUCACGAGAGAAGUGAAAGAGAAGACAGGGUACCAGAUAGGAUGGUACUGGCAGAUAUGUUGGGUGGUGCUGUCUCCCUUGGUCCUGCUCAUCCUCAUCGGCUUCUCGCUAUUCUCCUACUUUGGGGACAUGUCUUACAGUCAGUUUAUUGGCUGUGCGGGGAUUAAUAGUGGACUGGCAAGUGAAAACGGCUCAAUGUUAGAGACAAAUAACGGCUCAGCUGAUUAUAAUUUAACUGGAAACAUGACCAACUUUAACUAUGGUAUAGACUACAAAGAGUGGCAAGUCAGUUCUAAACUGCCAACGGAGGGUAUCGUGGCUGCUCUCUUUUUUCUUCUGACACCACUGCUAACCCUCCCCCUGGGAGCUCUCUACGGUCACAUAUAUCCCAACACUACAAAUGAGGAACAGGUCCAAGCUAACUUGGAAUCCUGCCCGGAGGAGAACGAGGUACUUUAAACAAUUGUGAGAAAACUUUGAGGUACUCUAAAAGAAUCUGAAGAAUUACAGCCCUACUGAUCCAGGACCCUAAACACGCCCUUAUAGCAAUACAACACUUACUACAGAGUGUCAACUCUCUUCACAGCAGUCAAAUCCACCAUGACGUAAUCAGAUGUCAUUUUAAGGACUAAUAUAAUUUAUAAUUGAUAUCUUUGUAGAUGUCGGACACGAGCAAGUUAUUCAGCAUUAUAAUAAACAUUCCGUGACCCUACCUUU